AUUCCAUCCUCCUAUGGAAGGAGAGUAGAAGCAUUUGAUUUAUUUAGCCUCUACAGGAAUCAAACUUCACUUAUUUUGGUUUUCAGUGAAUUAUGCCUUUUCGGUUUGGUACUCAGCCAAGGAGGUUUCCAGUGGAAGGAGGAGAUUCUUCAAUUGGUCCUGAACCUGGCCUGAGUUCCAGUGCUGCAUGGUAUAGGAAAGAGACUCCACCAACCAGGCAACUCCGAAGAUGCCCUGGAAGUCAUUGUCUGACAAUCACUGAUGUUCCUGUCAAUCUUUAUGCAACAAUGAGAAAACCACCUGCUCAGAGCAGCAAGGAAAUGCAUCCCAAAUAG